CAAUUGGGUUGUGUCGACUAUUUUGGCGCGACAUAUUGUCAUUGAUCCACCCCUGUUGAAUCCUCUUAGCACUAUUUCAUAAUUUCACCGGUCUUGUCCCUUUUUUUGACAACUGACUUGACAUGGCGUAGUUAUGAACUUAUAAUUAUUACCUUGGGGAAAAAUACAUGACAUAAAAAGUGAAUCAUGACGUAUGACAGCAAAAACAUUUUGUUACUGGUGGUGAAGUUAAACUGAAAAUAGUGUUAAUGGUAGAAGAGACGGGUGGUUGACGAGUUGACGUGCUCUCAUGUCCUCUGAUGUGGAAGUCCCAACUGGAAUUCUGUCGCAAACUGACCUCUGAAUAGUCGAAAAGCUUAAAUUAGACUGCACCUGCGUUCGAAUGUGACAAAAACUGUCUUUGGUCUUUUUCUCCAUCCAUUUGAGUCUCUCUCGCCACCGGGCGCUCUAAAUUCAAUACAGUCUUUCAAAUUCAGAGGCGAAAUUAUUGGGGAAAACUAUGAGCACCCGCUCUCCCCGUAUAAAGAUUUGGGACUUUCAGAAGCGCGUUUAGAAACGUGCGCACACAUACACAUCUCCAGUUUUCGAUAAAAAGAACUUCCUUCUCGAGCAAGUGUCGGGUGUAUACGGGUCGUUGGCACCCUCACCUGUCAAAGGAAGAGUGCCAUAAGCGUGUAUUUUCUACCUGCCAAAAUCCGCUGACCCGCUCAGCCCGCUUGAUAAACAGGCUAUAGUAGUGAGAGGAGAGUCGGGAUAGGGAAUCUACACAGAUCUUAAGACACACAGGUUCACAUCUUUUACCGCAUAUUGAGACCACUUUCUUCUGCAUUUCAUACCAUGUGAAAACUGUUUUACAGAAAGGUUUGUCAAUGGAGCAGUCCGAGCAACAUGGAACACGCAGAAUAAGUGCCGAGGCUGCAAGUCGGUUGGCAAAGCAGCAGGAAACCCCGCCUCCUUUGCCGACACGGCCGGGACGGGCACAGAGGACUAGCCCCGUGUGUGGACGGAAUGUCGUUAGUAUUGACAGAAUACAGCCCUCGAGGGCAAUGAACAACUAUGUGGGCCUGCCUCCCCCACCGAGGCCGCCACCUCCUAAGAAAAAGGAGUCAGACGUGCAAAAUUUAGACAAAACUACAGGUGCCCCCACCACCUCUCUUUCUACAGUUGAACAGAACAGACUGAACCGGACUAAAGAGGUAGAACUAAAGCGUCAGCAACAACAGUUUCAGCCUGACGACCAUCCUGUUAUUGUGACACAACCACAGACAGCAAAGGAAGGGUUGCAAAUUACCAUCGACCCAGAACUGACGGAGAAUCACAAUAGUUCAAUAAUUUGUCCGCGUUGUCAGAAGUGCAGAUGCCGGAGAUGUGUUGAAGGUCCCUCAGAAUUACCUUCAAGGUGGAUUUGUAAUGGCAAACAAGAGUGUUCAGCAAAUUGUAUUGUGGACAGAGUCAGCUGUCUGUGCUGUAUUCAAGGACUGUUUUAUCACUGUUACAAGGAUAGAGAACAAGACCUAGAGGUCUCUGCCUCGGACGAUCCGUGUGCAUGCUGUGAGAGGCCACACUGUUUUAAACGCUGGUCUACGAUGGCUGCAUUAUCGGUGUGCCUGCCAUGUCUGUGUCUGUACUUCCCUCUCAAGGGAUGUGUCGCGCUUUGCACGUGUUGCUACAACCGCUCCAAAAGGACUGGGUGCACAUGUAAAGCGGAGGAGCGCCCCACAGACAGUGCUCUUAAGGGUUUAUUGAUCGAGUCAGAGAGUUCGAGUGCGUGAUAGUGGAGCCAUGAGUGUGAUGAUGGAGAGGACAUGAUUUUUGACGGCAUUGUUACUUUUACUACCUGAAAUCCUACGGAUGUGGAGAACUACGUUGGAUUGUUCGAUGUUUCAACAAUUUUACAAAAUUGUGGAUUUAUAUGCCAUAUUGAAAAAGUAUGGAUCCCCAUUUCUCUUUAUUACACCUUCCGUGUCCAACUAACAAGGAUUAUUAAAUAUUGGAUUAUUAUUAUACUUCGUACUGUGAUCAACUGUAACUUAGACAUAUGGAACCUUACGGCAGGUGACUUGUAUUGUUACCAUGGUUACGACACUGUUCUGUUUGGACGGUGGAGCUACAGGACUGCAGUUGUAAAACACUUCACUGUCACCCUGCAGUCAGGCAUGGAGGUAAAAUUUGUCCUAGUUGUUUAAGAGAUGUAGUUGCAAAUAUAUUUUUCCUACUACCACGUUGACUUGCCAUCUUUUAAACAGCAGAAUGGAUUAAAAUAUGGUCAUGUUGGGUGCAAGAGGCGUACUGUAAUGUUACAAAUAUGGAGGCUCAUUUUGAUGUUUGGACGAUGGCAAGUUACUUAGUCUUUAAAAGCUCACUUAGAAGAACCCAGUGUAUAUGUUACUACAAAUCACUGCCAUUUGUUUGGUUAAAGAAAACUAUUAUUUUCUAAGAUAAAAAAGUUAAACAAAAAAAGAAAAAAAAUCAGAAAAAGUAUCAUGAUGUAAAAUGCAAGUUGUUGAUGAUUGUUGAUAUAAAUGUUAUGUAUAUCACAUUGUACAGAAAUUACAUUGUUAGUGUAUAUAGAUUUACUCUAAGCAGUAAAAGCUAUUUGUUAUAGAGCUAAAAUUCUAAGUCAUUUGCCUUAGAGUAUUUGCUAUAAAGGCGGGCAGAUGUUCCAGUUUUAGUUUUGCAACCAAAUGUGCCCAUCACGUUUUGUGUACAUAACUCCCUCGGUCUGAUACAGUAUUUAUUGGUUCACAAACAAUAUCUCAACAUUCAUGUGCAUAUGAAUUAUUUUAUAUAAAAAUCCAGACUAUUUAUUUGUUGAAAUGCCAGUGGUAUUUACUAGAGUACAAAGAGAAAAAGAAAGAGUACCACUCAUGGAAUAAAAGAAUAUGCCUAAUCAAAAAAUC